CAAGAAAGCUUCGCGGCGGACCGGUACCGACGUGGUGCCAACAACCAGAAUGAAUAAGCUGGCAAUCUGGCAAUGGUAUCGGUACUAGUAUCAGGAACAUGUAUGUAGGUAACCUUUCCAUGAACGAUAAUCUAUUACCUAUUGAGAGGGGUAUCGGUACCAGGUACAUUGGCUUUGGAAGACUUGUCCUAUCUCAGCUUUGUUGGUUCUGCUUUGAAGAAGGACCAGCAUGAGUGAAGUGAAGGAAUCGACCAUCAGGCAAAUGACACGUCUAGCCAAUGAGCAUUGCGCUGUAAAUCUCAGCCAAGGCUUCCCCAAUGAGGCACCACCACUUGAUGUCAGACUGGCUUUGGCGCAUGCUGUGGUGGUAGGACAGCCAGUGGAAGAAGGUGACGAGGGCAACCAUCAUCACUACAACUCCCUUCUUCGGCAUCUUUCUUCCAUGAGCAUGUCAUCUUCUUCCGAGACUCCCAGCGAGGAUAUCAGUGAUAGUGGCGGUGGUCUUUCUAGCGAUAUCCUAAACCAAUAUUCCCCGCCCAUGGGGCGUGGGGAUCUGAGAUCUGCCAUUUCUGCCUACUACAAGCGGUUAUACGAUUAUGACGUCGACAGUGACAACAUCACAGUCACUCUCGGUGCUACCGAAGCUGUGGCAUCGUCACUGCGGUCGCUUGGAAAGCCUUCAGACAAGGUGGUGAUCUUUGAGCCUUUUCAUGAACUCUACCCAUCUCAAUGCCGUCUAUUCUAUUUGCAACCAACCUAUGUGACCCUCAGGCCGGCACACGACAACGCUUCAUGGAUGUUUGACCCCUUGGAACUGGAGGAGGCCAUGAAGGAUGCCCGUUUGCUCAUUCUGAAUACUCCUCAUAAUCCUACGGGAAAAGUAUUCACGCGCAAAGAGCUGCAAAUCAUUGUGGAUCUUUGUUUGAAGUACAGUGUGUACGUGAUUAGUGACGAGAUUUACGAGCACAUGUGCUAUUCCGAAAGCCAUGGCCACAUAUUGUUGCCUCAAGCCUUUCCAGAAGUAGCCAACCUCUGUUUAAUCUGCAACUCUUUGGGGAAGUCGGCUUCUGCCACUGGUUGGCGAUUGGGCUGGUGCAUCCAUCCUCCUCACAUCAGCGAUACAUUUCGAGGAAUCCAUGAUCAGUUGGUGGUCAUGUCACCGCACCCUGUACAGUAUGCCGCAUUGACGUACUUGUCACUGCCUGAUCAGUACUUCCGCGAAGAGCUUAAGGAACGGUACCAAGGCCGGAUCAAGCUACUUGCGGGGACACUACAGGAACUAGGUUUUGGUUUGACACCCGUGGAAGGAGCUUACUAUCUGUUUGUCAGGUACCGAAAUGUAAAGGCAUUGGCCUAUUUCGACAGUCCCAUGGAAGCUGCCAUGUAUCUGUUGGAAAAGGUGGGAGUGGCUUGUGUCCCUGGGGAUAACUUUUAUGGGAAGGCUGUUGAGGAGCAAGGGAACCAAUAUCUGCGAUUUGCAGGAUGUCGAUCGGAGGCAGAUAUCAAAGAAGCAUGUUCCAGGCUGCGGGCUCACCUUGGAUAGAUAGUUAUCAAGGUGGUUCCUGACCAGUGCCCGCAUGCCCGUUUUAGGUAGCGUCCCAGAGAUAUAUAGAGACGGUAUGAUACGUACCGUACCGUCCAGCUAGGCCUUCAUUAUUUUUUC